AUGUAUUGGACAAAAAAUACUUAUAGACCACAAUUACAAAAUGAAUCUACAGAAACUGAUAACAAACCACCAUUAAAAAAAAGAAAAAGGACAAUAUUAAAAGAGUAUUCAGAACUUGUAUGCACUGAAAACAAAAAAACAUCAGAUUAUAUUAUUGACAGUGAUGGUUAUGUAAAUGUAUAUACAGAUGGUGCAUGUAGUUCAAAUGGUUAUAAAACUGCACAAGCAGGUAUUGGUGUUUGGUUUGGUGAUAAUCAUCCUUUAAAUGUAUCAGAAGCUGUUGUUGGUCGAGCAACUAAUAAUGUGGCAGAAAUUCAGGCUGUAAUUGUAGCUGCCAAACAAGCAAAAAAGGCAGGCAUUAAAAAUUUAAAGAUUAUUACAGAUUCAAAAUUUCUUAUUUCUUGCAUAAAUAUCUGGAUGCGAAAGUGGAAAACAAAUGGAUGGAUCACUACAGCUAAUAAACCUGUAAUAAAUAAGGUUGAACUGUUAGAAAUGGAAGAAGCUCUUAAAUCGUUAAAUGUGGCCUGGAAUCAUGUCAAUGGUCAUGUUGGAAUUCAUGGUAAUGAAAUGGCUGAUAAAUUGGCAAGAGCAGGUGUUUUAAAAAAUUUAAAAAACUCAUAA